CCUGCGGUCGAUUACCCGCAGUCACACACCAAUCACACCUCUCUCCCCGAGUCUGACAAGACCAAGAAUUCAGCAGCGCUCCUCUCUCCCCGGCAAUUCCCACGAAUUCAUUGUCAUCGGUCAAUCACAACUCCGAUCGAUCGGUGAAUCCAUCGGUCAAUCGUCCCGGUCUUGUUUGCUUAAAUAGUGUGCUGCGUCAAUGGAGGCUGCCACCGUCAUCGUCGUGCCGGCUCCGAUGGUCACCACUCCACCGCCGCCGCAGCACAAGCUUCUUGAGCUUAAGGCUUCCUUUGCCCCCGCGGCGAAAUUGUCGCCUGCGAGGAAGGCGAAGCCAACCAAGAAGAAGCUCGCCGGCGGCUGCGGCGGGUAUGUCCUCGAGGACGUCCCGCACCUCACCGACUACCUCCCCGAGCUCAAGAGCUUCCCGAAUCCCCUGCAAGACCACCCGGCCUACUCUGUUGUCAAGCAGUACUUCGUGAACCCGGACGACACGGUGGCGAAGAAGAUCGUUGUGCACAAGAGCAGCGCGCGGGGGACGCACUUCCGGCGCGCCGGCCCGCGGCAACGCGUCUACUUCCAGCCGGGCGAGGUGACAGCGGCCAUCGUAACCUGCGGCGGGCUAUGCCCGGGCCUCAACACCGUCAUCCGCGAGCUCGUCUGCGGCCUCCACGACAUGUACGGCGUCUCCAGCGUCUUCGGCAUAGAGGGCGGAUACAAGGGCUUCUACGCGCGCAACACCGUGGAGCUCACGCCGCGCUCCGUCAACGACAUCCACAAGCGCGGCGGAACGGUGCUCGGCACGUCCCGCGGUGGGCAGGACACGGCCAAGAUCGUCGACAGCAUCCAGGACCGCGGCAUCAACCAGGUGUACAUCAUCGGCGGCGACGGCUCGCAGAAGGGCGCGGCGUCGAUCCACGAGGAGGUGCAGCGCCGCGGCCUCAAGUGUGCAGUGGUCGGCGUGCCCAAGACCAUUGACAAUGACAUCGCCAUCAUCGACAAGUCGUUCGGGUUCGACACCGCCGUCGAGGAGGCGCAGCGCGCCAUCAACGCCGCGCACGUCGAGGCCGAGAGCGCCGAGAACGGCAUCGGCGUCGUCAAGCUCAUGGGCCGGAACAGCGGCUUCAUCGCCAUGUACGCCACCCUGGCCAGCCGCGACGUCGAUUGCUGCCUCAUCCCGGAGUCGCCCUUCUACCUCGACGGCAAAGGUGGCCUCCUCGAAUUCGUCGAGAAGCGCCUCCGAGACAACGGCCACAUGGUCAUUGUCGUGGCCGAGGGCGCCGGACAGGACCUCAUCGCCAAGAGCAUGCACUUCGCUGACAUCCACGACGCCUCUGGAAACAAGCUACUCCUCGACGUCGGCCUCUGGCUUUCCCAGAAGAUCAAGGAGCAUUUUAAGAAGAAGCUCAACUUCCCCAUCACCCUGAAGUACAUAGACCCGACGUACAUGAUCCGUGCAGUGCCAUCGAACGCCUCCGACAACGUCUACUGCUCGCUGUUGGCGCACAGCGCCCUCCACGGCGCCAUGGCGGGGUACACCGGCUUCACCGUCGCGCCGGUGAACGGCAGGCAUGCCUACAUCCCCUUCUACAGGAUCACCGAGAAGCAGAACAAGGUGGUGAUCACCGACCGGAUGUGGGCGCGGGUGCUGUGCUCGACGAACCAGCCGUGCUUCCUGAGCCACGAGGACGUCGAGAGAGCGCGGCAGGACGAGGAGGAGCCGCACGUGCCGCUCGUCGAGGGCGAGACGAACUCGCUGCUGGUCAAGAGCCCGCCGAUGUGCAACGGCAAUGGCUACCUCUGCAAUGGCGUGGCCUGACCAAUUCACAUGUUGAUGUAAAACUAAGGGUGGUUCAAGUUCAAAUGUGGUUUUCUAUUUCUAUAGAGGUUCCUUCUGUUCAUUCUUUGGUUUGAUAUACUAGAAUGUAUCGGCAAGAGGAGAAUAACCGAUUGUAAUUAGCUACGUACUGUGUUGCAUUAACGAAAUCAUGAUACACAUUCAAAUCA